UACUCAGGAGACCAGAAACUAGGAAACAGUCUACUGCAUUUGUAUUGGGAAAUAAUCAAAUCUCAAAAUUUGAUUCAUUCAUAAACUUUAUACUAUAUACUUUUCGUUGAUAAAUUUUUUGCACCUCUCUAAUAACGAAUGGAGUCUAGCACAUAUAUAUAUUCCUAAUGUGAUUUUCAUUCAUAUGGAUACUUAUUUAUAUAUGACUAUUUAUUCCAUCCCAUCUUAUUGCUUUUGAUGGUUCUCUUCUCAUUAGAGUCUUCUCUCUUAUUGCUCUCAUAUUUCUUUGCUUUUGCUUCCUCUCUAUUACAAGAGAGAUAUGUGGAACCUUAACGACUCACCUGAUCACCACGAAGAAUCCGACGGUAGAUGGAAACGGGCUGGAGAUGUACCAAUCUCUAUGAGAUCAUCGACCACGUGUCUGUUGUCUGUUCCUCCGGUGACCCGAAAUUUUUUUCCGAGUCAAAUCAUGGAACAGGAAGUUCCAGGAAUAUCUGGGUCCGGUAUCACUAGAAACCAAUGUCUUGUUCGGUCGGAUCCUAGCGGGUCUGGUCGUCCGGAAAACCUAGAGCUGGAGAUAACACCGCCGGUAAAAAAGAGCCGACGUGGUCCUCGUUCCCGGAGCUCUCAGUAUAGAGGAGUUACUUUUUACCGACGAACCGGAAGAUGGGAGUCACAUAUUUGGGACUGCGGGAAGCAAGUGUACUUAGGUGGAUUUGACACAGCACAUGCCGCUGCUCGUGCCUACGAUAGAGCCGCAGUUAAGUUUAGAGGUGUAGAUGCAGAUAUAAAUUUCAAUAUUGAAGACUAUGUGGAGGAUUUGAAACAGAUGAGCAGUUUGACAAAGGAAGAGUUCAUGCAUGUCAUUAGAAGGCAAAGCACUGGGUUUCCAAGAGGCAGCUCUAAAUAUAGAGGUGUCACUUUGCAUAAAUGUGGAAGAUGGGAAGCUCGAUUGGGUCAAUUUCUCAACAAAAAGUACGUUUAUUUGGGUCUCUUUGAUACCGAGAUGGAAGCUGCAAGAGCAUACGAUAAAGCAGCAAUAAAGUCUAAUGGAAAAGAUGCAGUUACCAAUUUUGACCCUAAAGUAUAUGAGGAACAGCAUAAUAGCCCAGAGAAGCAGUGGGAUGAUCAUAACCUUGAUCUAAGUCUAGUUGAAUCAAACUCGGAAGAGUUUGGAACCAAAUCUGAGACUGCGAGCAUGAGAAAUGGAUUUAGAGACGAGGAGAGACUAUUAGGGAGCCAUCUCUCCCUAGCGAUGACGACAACAGCGACUGUCGGAUCAGAGAAGCCAUUGGACGGUGGAGGAAAGCGAGUGGGAAUGGCGGCAUCAUCAGGAUUCUCUCCUCGCUUUCCUCCUUGGAACCACCACACUCCUCGCACCUUCCACUUCUUUCGUCCCUGAUUCACCAUCAUCAUCACAGUCACUCAUACAACAAAUGUUUUGGAGAAACUUUCCAGGAGCUAUUUUUCGGCUGUGUGGUGUGUAUGUAUUACAUAUAUGUUCUUGUGUCCAUGUAAGACUUUUCUUUCUGUAAUUUAAUCAUACAACAAAUGUUCGUGGCCCACAUCCUACAUGGUAUCCCCUGUACAUAUUGGAGACUUCUGUUUCAUCA